GGUCGCCGAUGUAUUGACCAGUGGUUGAACCCGAAGAAUAAGCAGAACCAGAGGUGUCCUCAAUGUAAUUAUAAGGCCAAACGCAAAGACAUUCGUCUCAUUUACGCCAGAAAUCUUCGCGCUUUGGAUACGAGUGAAAGGGACGCAGCGCUGGAACAGCUCCGCAAAGAACGGCAAGAGAGGGAAAAGCUAGAGUUAGAUGCCAUCGAAGACAGCAUUAAAUUGAAAUCAGCGCUCGAAGAGAACGAGAGGAUUAAGAAAGAGUUAAUUGAUUGUCAAAAACGUUUACAAUAUUUUGGAUCCAAUUCGCGAAACACCGAAGAAAUCAUUAAAAAGAGCAAAACAAUGACUUCUUUGAAUAGAAAUGUGGAUCGAUUCCAACGAAUCAAAGAGAUUGAGAUCAGCUGUUACGGCGAAUCCAGACAUUUGGGCUAUUCUUCGCUCUUCGAGUUGAUAGCUGUGUCUCAACCGAAUCAAAACAAUCAGUUAUUUCCCGGUUUUGGUAUUAAAAAGAUAUUUUUGAAUGACUUUAAAACUGAUAACAUUUGCAUUCACUCGAAACCAAUCAAAGACUUGGAGGUGAAUGCAUACGACGGAACCAUUUUGACCACUUCUUCAGAUAGAACUGUUAAACUGACAUCACUUAUGAGCAAAGCAUCCAUUAUAUCAUAUAAUCUCGAGGCCGACGCCUGGAGUGUAAGCUUUAACCCGAAAAACAAACACGAAUUCUAUUGCGGCCUAAAUAACGGCCAGAUUCUGCUGUUUGACAUCCGAAUGAUGUCCACACAUAUGGAUAAACUGGUGUCUGAGGAUAGAUCACCAGUUGUUUCGUUAAAUCACAUCCAAUUUAAAUCAUCCGUCGGUGACAUCGAUGGCAUACUUUCGACACAAUUUCAUAAUUUUUCAUUUUACGAGAGAAUCCAUUCAAGCGAUUCGUUGAGCGCUUCGAGCUUUUCGAUGCGAAAGUUGCCACUCGACGGACGGUUCAGUUCAGCACACUUUGAGCCCAAAUUAGGUCUAGUGUUACUGUCGUGUCGGCCCUCAUCUAAACACAAUAAUGUCACCCAUUAUGUUAUGGGAUUGAAAGCGAGUGAAGGUCUAAAUGAUAGACACAUUAUAGAGCCGGAAGUGAUUCGUCGCUACGAAGGCGGUCGACAACAAAUCAAGUUAAGCCGUUCUCGCAUUUUCAACAAUCCAUUCAAUGAGAGCUCAGCCCUCGUUUGCGCCGGCGAUGAAGACUCCAAAGGAGCCAUUGUUUGGGACUUAAGUUCCACUAAAUAUAUGCAACAAUUGAAGACAGAGUCCACUGUUUUGGAUAUAUCUUUAAUCGAAAACAUUAAUACAAACAGUUAUUUCAUGACUGCUUUAACUGAAACUUCGAUUAAGUUUUAUAAAUAUAUUUCAUAA